AUGGCCGGAAAUCUAGAUGUCUUACGGGCUGAGAAUGUUUUGGAUCUUGCUCAGAAGGCUCUACAGGGAGACGGAAGUGUCGAGUACAGUCUCAAGACUCCUUACGAAGCGGUUGCUCUCAUCGGCCAUGCAUGUAUGCUGGCUGUGAACUUCCGCCUUGUGGGCCUUGGUGAAGAACACACGAUAGAAGGUUCGUCUGAGAACCCAACUCUUCCGCCAGGAUGGAAUGCGAACGAUACCGUCUCCUUCCGUUACGCUCAUUCGCAGUCUUCGAUGCAGUAUCUGCUCAAAGUCAGCCGUAUAGGAAACAAUGCCCUUAUUUUCGCCCUAGCACUAGGUGAUGACAAAACCACUUCCUUUGACAUUCCAGUCAAAGACUUCAUUUCUGCGUCCGCUUUGCCUGCUUCAUCAUCAUCCCAGUCAAACGCCACCCUCAGUGAAGUUUUCAUAUCUACACCACGAUUAAACGAUUUGAUCGGGCUAUUCAAGAUAAACGUGAUCCAAAAGCUCGCCCCUGGAAUAUACAAGGAAGGAUAUGAGGCCACGAGCCAGUCAGUACGGGAACAGCCACAAGAGAGACCCCCACGACGCGACCCAUUGCGAGAUGAUCAAAUCCCACAGCCCGCGCGCCCAUAUCCAUUUGAUGAUCCCCUGGCGACAAGGCCUCGGCGACCGGUGCCUCCGGGAGACUUUGCACCACCCGGAUUCGAGGAUGAGUACGAAAUUCAGAGACCGCCUCGCGGAAUCCCUCUCGGUAUGGGAGGCAGAAACCCGCUCAAUAUCGGAGAUCGAGAUUUGUAUCCACCUGGACUAGGCCCCCAUGACCCUCUCAGAGGAGGCAUCGGACCAGGACUUGGCGGAGGCGGAGGCGGAGGUAUGCACCCAACUUUUGAUGAUCCUCUUUUCGGCGGUCCGCAGGGGGGAGGAUAUGAUCCGCAGGCGCCACCCGGCGCCCGAUAUGAUCCUGUUGGGCCAGGAUUUGGAGCGCCUUUCGGGCGAGGACGCGGGCCUUCCGGAGGACGUGGCGCCGGCGGAGGCGGAGGAUUUGGUGGGUUUGGGUUUGGCGGUGACAUCAUCUAA